AUGCCCAGCACAUCUGCACCGAGGCCCGCCUUCAUCUUCUCGUACAACGCGACCGACCCGGACAUUGUCGCCCUCGCCGCCGCCGCCGGCUCGUCGUCGACCUCGCGCCACCCGUACCACGCAGGGCUCGGCGCAGCACGCCGACCAGGCUACUACGACUCGACCGCCGACGACCACGUCCCCGUCUAUGGCCCCACCACCUACCGCCGCGGCCCAGUUCGCUUCGUCCCCGCUCGCCUCGCCCAGUUCGGCGUCAUCCCCGCCAGCGGCGAGCCUGGAGCGACCCCGACCUUCGACCUCAAGGGCAAAGGGCGCGCCGUCGACAUCAAGGGCGAGAGCGACGACGACAACGACGACGACGACGACGUCAAGCCCGCUCUCGCUCCGCCGCCACGCCCGUCCACCUCGUCAACGCCGAGCGGCAGCACCAUCCGCGGCCUGUACGCCGGCAUCGUCGGCAUCUCAUCGUCGUCGUCCUCGUCGUUGAGCGGCUCGGCUCCAGCGUCGGUGCGCGCGUCGGUCGCGCCGGACCCGCCGCCGCCCCAGUCGAGGGCGAGCAGCGACCAGGUCAAGCGCGAGGAAGAAGCCAGCCCCGGCUCUCGAGACGGCGGCGACGACGACGACGACGUGCUCGUGCUCUCGUCGGACGACGACGACGACGAGGCGGACGGCGGGCGAGACGACGACGACGACGACGACCUCAUCGUGCUCGACCCUCUCACCAACCUGCCCGAGGCUCGCCCUACCACCGCCGCCGCCCGACCUCGUCGCCCUCAGCCCCUCCUCAUCCACGAGCUCCUUCCGCCCUCGAACACCUCCUCGUCCGCUUCGACCUCGUCCGCGUCCACCGCACCCGCCUCGGCAGGGCGCGUCCUUCUCCCGCCCUCAACCCCGCAGUACGCCAUCAACCCGCUCAACCCCGGGUGGCGCAUGCUCGUGCGCCAAGGCUGGCGCGAGGGCGCCGCGCUCGGGCCCGCAGUGGCCCCGGGCGAGCAGCAGCGCGGCCUGAUCGUGCCGUUGCGCGCGAAGGAGAAGUUUGACCGGGCCGGGCUCGGUGGUGGCACGGUCGGGAGUGGCGAGGAGCGGAGGAUGAGCGGGAGGGAGCGGGACGAGCGGCGGAAGGAGCGCGAGAGGAGCGAGAGGGAGAGGAAGAAGGGUCCGGGCGGCGGCAGAGGGGCGAGAGGGAUGGAGCGUGCGGCCAAGGAGGAGGAGCGGCAGCGCAAGGCGCUCAUUGCGUACAUGAACCGGCCGUGA